CGCAGUUCUCCAUAUCGAAAUCAGGGCAGCUGCUGGGGCGUUAAGAUGGUGCCUGUGGACCGAGGCUCCGCUGUUUAUUUUAGUGUGAAGCUGCGCGUGUUCUCGCUUUUUCGUUAAAAACACGAUAUUGUGCGAGUCGCGGACACUUAUUCUGCGCUUGCGGGGGUCUGUGGAAGUUUGCCGGGCUCUGAAAGCUGCGGUUUUAGUCGGUAAACAGCUCCGUGGGCUGAAGUUUGAGCGGCGCGCUGCCGCUCCGCUCCGAACUCAGGAGAUCGGAUUUAAUUAACGGCUGAAGAAAGUGGAUUUAAAUCCGGAGUGAUUCGAUUCGCAUCGGCUGAGACUUGAAUGGACACACUGCUGCAGUCUGUGCUGGUGCUUUCGCCUCGCUGAACACCCGGUGAAACAGUUGUGAGGAGUCACGCAGUUGGAGACUGGUCAAGAUGUCGAUCACAAACACGCCCACCAGUAACGAUGCUUGCCUGAGCAUUGUGCACAGUUUGAUGUGUCACAGGCAGGGUGGGGAGAGCGAGACGUUUGCAAAGCGGGCCAUCGAGAGCCUGGUGAAGAAGCUGAAGGAGAAGAAGGAUGAGCUCGACUCUCUCAUCACUGCCAUCACCACCAAUGGAGCUCAUCCCAGCAAGUGUGUAACCAUCCAGCGCACUCUGGAUGGACGGCUUCAGGUGGCUGGGCGCAAAGGUUUCCCUCAUGUGAUUUAUGCCAGACUGUGGCGAUGGCCAGACCUCCACAAGAACGAACUGAAGCACGUUAAAUACUGCCAGUUUGCAUUCGACCUGAAGUGUGACAGCGUCUGUGUGAACCCUUACCACUAUGAGCGGGUGGUCUCAGCAGGGAUAGACCUUUCUGGACUGACACUGUCUGGUUCUGGUUCGCUGGUCAAAGACGAGUAUGACUACGAUUGUCCAUCAUCUUUACCCAGUUCUGAGGGACACAUCCAGACCAUUCAGCACCCUCCUUCUAGACCUGUGGCUCCAGAGGCCUUCAGCACCCCUGCUCUGCUUCCUGCAGCAGACGGCAGCAGCUCGGCCUCCUCCUCCGCCUUCUCCAGCAUUGCGGUGGGACCCACAACUCAUUCCAAUAGUCUUCUCUCAGGGAGCCAUAGCAGCGAGAGUCUGCUACAGAUUGCUUCAGGGACAGGGCAGGGAACGCAGCAGAAUGGCUUUCCUCCAGGACAGACCUCCACGUACCACCACAAUACCACCUCCACCUGGACAAGAAACAACAAUUUUACACCCACUGUGCCUCACCCACAGAAUGGACACAUACAGCACCACCCACCUAUGCACCACCCUGGACACUACUGGCCAGUUCACAAUGAAAUAGCAUUUCAACCUCCUAUUUCCAACCACCCUGCUCCGGAGUACUGGUGCUCCAUCGCCUAUUUUGAGAUGGAUGUACAGGUGGGGGAGACCUUUAAGGUUCCUUCGAAUUGCCCCAUCGUCACUGUGGAUGGGUAUGUGGACCCUUCAGGUGGAGACCGCUUCUGUCUGGGCCAGCUGAGUAACGUGCACAGAACUGAAGCCAUUGAGAGAGCAAGAUUGCACAUCGGUAAGGGCGUCCAGCUGGAGUGUAAAGGUGAGGGUGACGUGUGGGUGCGGUGCCUGAGCGAUCACGCUGUCUUCGUUCAGAGCUACUACCUGGACCGAGAGGCCGGCCGUGCUCCUGGAGACGCCGUGCACAAGAUCUACCCGAGUGCGUACAUCAAGGUGUUUGACCUGCGGCAGUGCCACCGGCAGAUGCAGCAGCAGGCGGCCACAGCUCAGGCAGCGGCUGCAGCACAGGCAGCAGCAGUGGCUGGUAAUAUCCCUGGACCUGGAUCUGUGGGAGGAAUCGCACCUGCAAUCAGUUUGUCUGCAGCUGCAGGGAUUGGUGUGGACGACCUGCGCCGGCUGUGUAUCCUGCGGAUGAGCUUUGUGAAGGGCUGGGGGCCGGACUACCCCAGGCAGAGCAUUAAGGAGACGCCGUGUUGGAUCGAGAUUCACCUCCACCGGGCCCUGCAGCUGCUGGACGAGGUGCUGCACACCAUGCCCAUCGCCGAUCCUCAGCCCCUGGACUAAAAGCUCAUCUUCCCUUGUUGCACCUCCUACUGUUAGAACCCUGAGGAUCUGAACUGAGUGGACUUUUUUUUAAUCCUCUCCUAUAUCAAUUUCUCGUUUUUCUUUUUUUCCUCGUUUUUCCUUUUGGAAGUGCAACCAGACAACUUCAAGCCGCUGAACUGUGUGAGCCAGUGCUGAUGAGCCCGUCCAACGCCAGCCUUCAUCCUUGUGUUAAAAACCCAGAGAAAAGGCAGAGUGAAAGAUGAAGAUCUGUUGCCUUGCCUUUCUUUAAGUGGACUUUUUAAAGUGGGCUUUUUAUUAUUGGAACAAGGAUGGAACGUUGGUACCAUUUGAUGCAACUAUAACUUGUCACUUUUUGCAUCUCACAAAUAAUAGUAAAACAAAAAUACACAGAGAGCAAUGGUGGCAAGUACCAUAUGCACUGCUGGAUGGACCUAAAGUGAUCUAGGAAAAUAGGAUUCUGAAAUGGUGCACCGAUUCUGGUUAAAGAAACAAUGGAAAAGAUGUGAUUUUCUGCAUAUAAACUUUUUUUUCGUAUUGUUUUAUUUUUUCUUUUUCAGUUGGCUGAACACCGUGCCUUUGAACAAAGACGUUCAGGGACACCGUGUAAGUUUGAGUACCAGAGGAGUUGAGAUUAUCACUGCUUUACAGGGUAAAAUCUGAUGAAAUACGUCAUUGGCUUAUUGAUCCGUCAUAGUUACUGACCUGUGUAUUAAUAAUGUAGUAAUUUGAGCUGGAAUUGGGCUGUUUUGAGGAUUUAUACAAAAGAUAAAAGCGAAAAAAGAGAACAAAAGAGAAAAGUGGACACGCUAGGGCUGAUUUAAUGCAUUAUUUUUAUCAUCACAAUAGGAGUUUUCGUGAUGAUAGACACAUAGAAAGAGCUGUGAUCAUUACAAAUCUUACUCUGUGUGAAAGAGAACCUUAGCUCCAGCAUUUCAAAGGUCUUCACACAAUGUUUUUCUCAAGAGUUUCUCCUUCUUUCCUGUGAUGGUAGAACAGAACAGAACAGAACGGUUAUUCUAUACGUUUUUUAAUCCCAGUAUUCGCUCCACAGUGUGUGCAGUGUCUGUAAACUCUGUAUUAGGUCAGUUUUAUAGGAAGAAAGUCUAUUCAAGCUCCUCUUGGUCUGUAAAAUAUGCUGCAGGUAAGGUAAGCUGUGCGAGUCCGUUUCAGGUCAAAUUCAUCAUUUUUUUUCCCUCCUUUUUUUUUUUUUUUAGCUAAAUGAUGGCAUGAUUGCUGAAUAUAGCACUUUAUUGAUGUGUCCCCGCCCCUCCUUUUUUCACGACAGAAUCACUCCCUCAUCCAUCAGCAGAACUGUGCUGUACCGCCCAAAUAUUAAAGGGGAAUUCUGUUUUCAUGAGUCACCAAGAGUUUUACUAAAAGAGAAAUUAAAGCAUGUUGAACACAAAGUGAGAGCACCAUAACAGAUAAUUUGUAUACAAAUUUGUGUGACAUGUCUAGAUUGUAAUCUAGAUUAUUUCAGAUCAGUUCAGUCUGUUGAUCAGACAUUGAUAAGAUGAACAAAGCUAGAUGACUACAUGAAAAGACUACAUUAAAAUGAUGGAAUUCUUACCUUUACUGUAAAUUUCAAGUCGCUAACCAUAUUAUCGUAAAAUUUAAUGCCACAAAAAACAAAUUUUAUAACAUAUUAGUAUAAAAAUGUGCUACUUAUGUUUCAUAAAGAGUGACUCCUUGCUUUACAAUGAUUGACUAAAAAAGCCAAUCAAAUUUUGGGUGUAAUUGAAGGUAAUAGCUUUAUUGGAAAGCAUCUUUUUAUGUUUUUGUCACAAUAUUUCUGGUUGCUGUGAGGUAAAAAAAAAAAACUUGCAGGUUCUUAAAUUUGUCAUUGGUUUAAAAUUCAUGAAGAUCUAUAACAUAACUGAUAUUAUACAAAUUUAAGAUUCUAUUAAAAUUAAAAGAAAAUCUGUGUAAUUUAGCUGUUAAGCUAUACAAGUCACUAAUUAUAUUAUUGUGAAAUUUAAUGCCACAAAAAACACAUUUAUAAAGCAUAUUAGUAUAAAAUUUGGCUACAAAUGUUUCAUAAAGAAUGACUCGUUGUUUUACAACAGUUAACUAAAAAAGCCAAUCUGAUAAAUGAAGGUAAAUGAAGGUAUUGGCUUUAUUGGAAAGCAUUUUUUUAUGUUUUUGUCACAAUAUUUAUGGUCACUGUCAGGCAAAAAAAAAACCUUUUUUGCAGGUUCUUAAAUUUGUCGUGUUUAAAAAUUCAUGAAAAUCUAUAACAUAAAUUCUAUACAAACGGCAAUGUAAAAUUCCAAUUACACCUGGUUACAUCAUGUGAAUAGACUAAAAUCUAAUGUGGGAUUUAAUAUGCAAAUUAGCUCAUUUGCACAUUAAUUAUUACUGGUGUUUCGGUUGUCCUGGGUGGGAUUUGGUAGCUAAAUGCAUCGAGAGAGAGAGAUGUGUUUACACUGCUAUAAAUGCAUCUUGCGUCACCUUCUUAAGGGGUUUGAGGGAUUUACAGAUUUGUAUCUGGUUUAAACGUGUAUUGGGUGCGUUCACACUUGCAUUGUGAUGCGGUUUGGCUUUAUCCAGAUUUAAUCCUGAUGCUCAAGACGAUAUGCAUAGGGCAACCAGUGUAAACAGGCUCUUGUGUCAUUUACAUUAGUAGAUAGUAGAUUUGACGAAUUUAGCUUUUUAGUUUCUUUAAUUUUUUCACAUCAAACUAAUCUGAACAACCUUGUUCAAUUUUACGUGAAUUUUAUGUGAAUUCUGAAAACCUGUCAGAGUUCCCCUUUAAUUAAAGCGGCAUCAUCAGGACAUGUAAAUCAGCCUUUGACAGCAUUCUUUUUUUCUUUUCUUUUUUUAAUUAAAUUUUUUAUGUAUUGUCAUUGUUCGUACAUCUGAAUGCACGUUUAAAGGGCUUGUAAUGUGAGGUUUUUCCCAAACUCGACUCUUGCUCACUUUCUUUAAAAGUAAGAAUCGAGAGACUUCACUGUGCGGACUCCUAAAAAAGAAAAAAAAAUCAUAACAUUUCAUAACAUCGGUUUUGUUUUUUUAAUCCCAUGCUAUAACAGGAUAUCCAGGUUCAGCAGUGAAUCGUAAUAAAUUUUAAUAAUAUUUUGAUUGAAAAUGAACUGGAAGCCAGGUAUGUGUGUGUGAGUGAGAGAGAACACUAAAAGCCAUAUGAAAUUAUACUAUAGAUGAUGAUGAUGAUGAUGUCAGUAUUACUCGCAGCUUGUUUGUGUAUUUUUGACUGACUGAAGUAUCAGCUUGUGAGAGUUUAGACAAUCCUGUGAGCUCGGCCUGUUUUAGACUGGGCUUAUUUAGAGAAACUGUGUCCUUUUGCUACUUUAACUUUGAGCAGCCUGGUUGAUAACGUCGUGUUGGUUUGUAUGAAACGGUUUAGCAAUUUAAAAACUCACUUUAAAUAGGAAAACAUGGAGAUGUCUGCAGCUGCAGUUUUGCUCUUUCAGGUAGAUGAUCAGUUUCAUCAAAUUAUUGAAAUAUAUUUGAAAGUAGAAUGUUGAAUCAGUUCUGCUGUCUGAGUAAUUUUUUUUACACGUUAGUAGAACAGGGGUAAAACAUAACGAUUCACAACAGUCGUAAUGUUUUAUCAUGUGGGGUUUCAAAUCAACACACUUUACACAAGACUUACAUUUUUUGACUGUGAUUACUCGUUAGUCCAAAUUAUUUUACAGCAGCAUUGUCGAGUAGCAUCACAGCGCUAACGCUCGGAGGAAAGCGCAGCGACUCGGUUCUGAUACAUCAGCUCACAGAUGCAGCCUCGUGCUGAUCUACGUACAUCACCCUAGGAGUGAUGAGGGGAAAAAAGCGCCAUCUGCCCACUUAGAGAGAACAAGGUCAAUUGUGCUCUCUCAGGGCUCCAGCAGCUGAUAGCAAGCUGCAUUACUGGGUUAAGCAUUUGUAUUUAACAUUUGUAUGCUUAACUUGUUCUUUAGAUUUGAUAAUAUUUACUGAUGGUUGGUAUUAUUUUAAUAAACACAACUUGGAGCGCAAAAAAAAUAAUUAAAUGAAAACAUUGUGGACAAAAUGAGUAAUGACUAAAUCUGUUUAACUUUCUCAAAAUGUGACCUUGAGCUUUUAAACCAAUGGUCAUUGCUUUAAAAGCACAAGUUUACAUUUUUAGGAAGAUACUCAUUAUUCAUUUUUUGUCUGGUAUUUUUCCAAUGGCCCCUAAAGUGCUGCAUAUCACCUAAGAUAGGGGAGCGUUUUAUAAUCAUAUAAAAAGUUACGUUUUAUACAAUUUUAAUGAAAUGUUAUCCUUUAAAAAAUAUAUAAAAAGGUAAAGAACCCCUGGUUUAAUGGGUGAUGAUAGCCUGCCUCUACUGUACCUAUAAUUGGCCCGAAAAUCAUGUUGAAUUAAAUAUCUAUUAAAUUCAUUUGAACUCA